AUGUCGACAACGGAGACUGCCUCGCCGAUUGGCAUUGCCAAUCUCCCCAACCAGCGACACAAGAUUGUUGCAAAGCGGGGUGCGGCUUUUACAAUUAUGGUUGCCGGAGAGUCGGGAUUGGGAAAGACUACCUUCAUCAACACCCUCUUCUCCACUACCAUCAAAAACUACGCCGAUCACAAGCGCCGUCACCAGAAGCAAGUCGACCGAACCGUCGAAAUCGAGAUCACCAAGGCCGAGCUCGAGGAAAAGUUCUUCAAAGUCCGUCUUACCGUCAUUGAUACCCCCGGCUUCGGCGACUAUGUCAACAACCGUGAUUCGUGGCAACCUAUCAUCGAGUUCCUGGAUGACCAACACGAGUCCUACAUGCUCCAGGAGCAGCAGCCCCGCCGUACCGACAAGAUUGACAUGCGUGUGCACGCUUGCUUGUACUUCAUCCGACCCACCGGCCACACCCUCAAGCCCCUCGAUAUCGAGGUCAUGAAGCGUCUGAGCUCUCGCGUUAACUUGAUCCCCGUUGUCGCCAAGGCUGACACUCUGAGCCACGCCGACCUGGCCCGCUACAAGGAGAGAAUUCGUGCUGUUAUUGAGGCCCAGGGCAUUAAGAUCUACACCCCGCCGAUCGAGGAGGACGAUGAGCACGCCGCUACCCACGCCCGCAGCCUGAUGGCUGCUAUGCCAUUCGCUGUCAUCGGCUCCGAGAAGGAUGUCAAGGCCAACGACGGCCGUGUUGUCAAGGGUCGCCAGUACGCCUGGGGUGUAGCUGAGGUGGAGAACGAGGACCACUGUGACUUUAAGAAACUUCGCUCGAUCCUGAUCCGCACCCAUAUGCUCGACCUCAUUCACACCACCGAGGAGUCUCACUACGAGGCCUACCGUGCCCAGCAGAUGGAAACCCGCAAGUUUGGCGAGGCUCGCCCACGCAAGCUGGACAACCCCAAAUUCAAGGAGGAAGAGGAGAACCUGCGCAAGCGCUUCACCGAGCAGGUCAAGGUCGAGGAGCAGCGUUUCCGCCAGUGGGAGCAGAAGCUCAUUUCCGAGCGCGACAGACUCAACAAGGACCUCGAGGCCACUCAUGCUGCAAUCAAAUCGCUCGAGCAGGAGAUCGAGGGUCUCCAGGGCUCCAGCACUCGCAGCCACGGUCGUCGCUAUCAGCUUGACAUGCCCUCGAAGAAGUUUCCGACACGGCAUCUCCACACUCUGAAGACGCAUAGUGGUAAGCUCGGCAUCACGCUCUUCCCGGUUCCUCAGACCGCGCCAUUCACCUCUCCCGCGCAGUUCCAAGCAAUGCGGGAAAACUCUGCGACAGCCGUCGAGACUACAUCCCCGAUCCAGCGGUACGAAGCCCAUGGCUAUUCAGUCCUCGACAUAGCCGUCGCCGCAGACAAUGCGCGCUUUGCCAGCGUAGGAGGUGACCGUCAGGUCUUUCUAUGGGAUGUUGAGCAGGGUUUGACAAUUAAGAGAUGGGGCGGGCAUAAUAGCAGGGUUGAAGCCGUCCAAUUUGCCGGAGAUGGUGAUUCGCUUGUUGUUUCUGGUAGUGCAGAUACCACAAUAAACUUGUGGGACACCAGAUCUAAUGCCUACAAGCCUAUUCAGACCCUCACUGAAGCAAGCGACACCGUUUCUUGUUUGCAUGUUCAUGGGCCUACCUACUCUAUCGCUAGUGGCAGCUAUGAUGGAAAUGUGCGCGUCUACGAUGUGCGGACAGGUAAGACGACGGUCGAUGUCCUGGCUCAUCCGGUAACGAGUAUUCGUUGUUCGGCGGAUGGCAAUGCGCUGCUUGCUUCUACCUUGGAUAGCUAUAUUCGGAUGCUCGAUCGAGCAGACGGAAAGCUCCUAGCUGCGUUCGGAGGUCCUGUCAAGAAUGGCGAGGAGCAGGCCCAGCCUUUCCUCAGCACUAGGCCUAAGCAUGUCUAUCGGAACCAGGAGCUGCGGGUUCGCUCUGUCUUUGCGCAGAGUGAUGCCGUAGUUUUGAGCGGCAGUGAAGCUGCAAAGGAAGAUGGGGCCGCGCUUGGCGCUUCUGUUUUUGCGUGGGAUGUACUCAGUGGAGAAAAUGUUGCUACUGUGCCAAUGGGAGAAAAAAUUAAGGCUGUGAGCUGCGUGGCUUGGAAUGACCAGGGGUACUGGGCAGCUGGGUGCUCAGAUGGUACCGUCCGAGUUUUUGGGAUGAGCCUACAAGCCAUCGCCGCUUCAGAGCGUGGCUGCCGUUCACGCAAUUUCCCUGCUGCCUGA